GGUUUUGUCACGCCCCAGAACCCAAAUCCGGAGACGUGGCAGACGCCGUACACUCGUGAGACGGGUCCCACAAGUGCACAAGGCUCGGAACUUAUCAUAUCACAUCUGAUACCAUCAACAUCUGAAGAUCAAAUCUUUAAAAUUUACUCUGAUAUCAUAAAAUCUCCAAGUACACUCGAGCUUACAAGAUCAUGAUUUCUAGAAUCUAUAUCAAUCUUGAAAUGGCUAGCUUUCUAACUUGUCACUUCCCGUGGUUUCCCCAUCCUCGGUUUCACUUCCUGAAAUGGUGGACAAGGAAAACUAUGAGAUAAACUCAGUAAGUAAAUAUGGAGUGCCUCUUAUCAAACUUAAAGCAUGCCAACAAGUACAAUCACGAAAACAGAUACAGUAUGGGCACGAAAUAGACGUCUCCUCUAUAAGUCAUGGCCAGUGUAUAAUCCCCACUAGUAGGGCCACGAUUUGCUGGUGUAUAACCCCCACUAGCUGGGUUGAACAAAUCGGCUCUAUCACUACAUGUUGACAUAUGCUAGCGUUUAUAACCUCCCCCACUAGCAGGGUCACGAAUAACAUGACCACAUCGGAGACAAAAUAGGCAGAAGUUAACAGGAAAAUCACAAUUCACAAUUACUUUCAGAUCAUCAGGACAAUCACUUAAAUUUCAAGUAGGCAUGCUCAAUUUCAUGAAAAGCACAAAACAUUUCACUUCAAAUCAGUCAUACUUGUGUAAAACGGGUUUAGUCCCGCCACCACUUCAAAAACAAAUCAAAACAUGCUUUUAAAACAGUACGAGCAUUACCAUAAAUUUACUUACCUCACUUGCAUAAAACCGAGACUCAAGUCACGUACUAAACUGACAGAACGAUCAAGAACCUAAUCAAAAUAUCCACGAAUUAAUUACCGGACUAUCACAAAUUCAAGCUGAAAUCAUCAUUAAGAUCACUCUUAAUCACAAUGCUAUUUCUAUCACUUUCCACAUGAUCAGACAUCUCCAAAUUCGUUCUCAUAUCACAAACUAAUCACUUAAAUCCCCGUUAAUUGUUGGCCCUCGGGGUGUGAACAGUAACCGAUGAACAGUAACUCCACUUCCGCAAAUUGGCCAAAACACUAGCUAAUCACAGGGUUUUCUCUCCAAAAAUCACAGCAAUCAACUCAAGCAAUUUACACAUGAAUUAAGCAACAAAACACACUUAAAACCCCUCUUAAUUGCUACCGGAAUUUCCCCAUU